UCUUCUCAGCCUCGCCCCUCGUCAAAUUAUUCGCUCUCUCACUCCCAAUCUCACUCUCACUCUCACUCUCACUCUCACUCUCACUCUCUCAUCUUCAUCUCGAGGAUUAUUACCAUUUUGCCCCCACCAAGAUAUAUAAUAUACAUAUUUAUGUGAGAAUUAUUAUUGAUUAUCAGAAUAAUGAGCUGCAAUGGGUGCCGAGUUCUCCGAAAAGGUUGCAGUGAUAAUUGUAUGCUUCGAGAAUGUCUCCAAUGGAUUGAAACCCCUCAGGCCCAAGCCCAUGCCACUCUCUUCGUGGCCAAGUUCUUCGGCCGGGCCGGCCUCAUGUCCUUCAUCUCCGCCGUCCCACAACACCAGCGCCCUGCUCUGUUCCAAUCUCUGUUAUAUGAAGCCGUAGGAAGGACUGUGAACCCGGUCAACGGCGCCGUAGGCCUACUGUGGAUGGGCAACUGGCACGUAUGUCAGGCGGCCGUCGAGACGGUUCUUCGCGGCGGCGUGUUGGGGCCGCUCUCUGAGUCGACUCAUGAUAAUAACAACGCCGCCUCCUCUGAUCAUCCAUCGGUGUCCCGGCGGCGUUGGCCCAAGAAAAGGCCCAGCAGUAGCACUACUACUGCUACUUUUGAUGAGAGCAUUCAUGAUCAUGAUCGUCAUGCGGCAGACCCGUAUGUUUUAUCACCGUCUGAUCUAGAUCUAUGCUUGAUGGCGGCCGGGACUAAAAUGGUGGAGAAGAGAAGAGCGGUGACGCCGACGUCGGAGGAGGAGUCCGAAACGACGACGUUGAACAGUAGUUCAGUGGAUUCUAGUACUUUUUUAGGCGAUGGAGGAAGUCAUAAAAGAUCUAAGCUUCUUAGAUUGUUUAUGUAGAAUUAUUACUCUUUUUUGUAAUCAUUUUUAUUUCUCUUUUGUUUCUUUUCUUUUUUUUUUUUUGUUCAUUUUUGGCCAAAUGCGGUGAUAUAUUUUUUGUUUUUCUUCAAACUUUUUUGGUUGAGAAUAAGAAAAAGAAUAUAUAUAGUGAUGGAAGUAGUAGCUAGUACUGUUCUUUUUUCUCAUUAUAUGUUUCCCUUUAUGUAUAAUUGCACACAAAGCUCCAACUACAUGCAAUUGUGCAAAUCAUACCAGAAGCUGCUAGAGUACAAAUGUAUAACAUGAUGAUCUAUUAGCAAAUUGAAAUAAAUAUAAAGCUAGUGUAUUAUUCAA